GACGAGAUGCCGCAGACGAAGAAAGACGCCGAUUCCGUGCAAAAAAUGCUGGAGCGGCUACAGGGCAACGUCAGCGAGACCAAGCAGUCGGUCCAGCUGCAGGCGCAGAUGCCGCGCUCCGGUGGACCGCCGAAGGCCGUGUUCCCCGGAGCAGGGCCCGAGGUUGGAGGAGAUGACAUGAGGACCCAAGCUGACUUUCAGUUCGAGGCGCUCCUGUCGAGGGCGCAGGGGGCCGGCAGUCCGGAGGCCUUGGACCAAGUCGCCCGCGAGGUGCUCAUCAGGUUUCCAUCUUUCACGGCCCAGCAAUGCUCGGACCUGUGUCAGAAGAUGGACAUGGCUCCAGCGCUCCGGGACCACCAGGGCGGCGACUUCCUGGCGGAACUCUGCCGCUUGCUCGGAUCGCGGCUGCGCGAGCUGACGAGCAUGCAGUUCACUACGGCCUGCAGCACAGUCGCUGCUUGGUCCGCGGACCCCAAGAGAAGACGCGCCCCCCUCUUCGCCCAGCUGUCAAAGGUCUUUUUCACAGCGGCGGCCAACGAGAUGUCUGCGCGUCUCAUGACGUUUGCGCCACAUGAGCUCAACAGCUGCCUUGCAGCUUUCGUGUCAGUAGGCUUUUCCGAGCACAAGUUCUUUGCAUCAGUCGGUCGGGCUGCCCUGGCCCGGCACAGCAGCUUCGCUCCGGUUCAACUGACAGCCUUGCUGGCGAUCCUCUCGGAGAUGCGAUUGGUGCACACGGAUCUUUUCAACGCGGCCGCAACAUUCCUAUCUUCACGGACGAAGGAGUUGCGGCCGGUGGACAUCAUUCGUGUCCUUCGGUCGUUUGCCAAAUGCAACGUCCAGCACCAGGGUCUUUGCAGAGCUGUUGGAGACGAGGUCAUCAGCCGGGUGAAAGGAGGUGUCAACUUCCGCGCUGAGGACCUAUGCGAGAUCACCUGGGCAUUGUGCGUGCUGGAGCAUUUCAAUCCA